AAAAAUGAAAAUGGAAAAAGAGAAACAACAACCGUCCGUUUCAUACUCUUCCCAUCUACACACUUGACUCCCUUUGUUACGACUUCCCCUCCCCAUAGAUAGAGAGAUUCCUCCAAAUCCUCUUCAAUGGCGGAUCCAUCUCCUCAAAGCCUUUCCACUCCCCCUCCCCCUCCUCCUCCUACCCUUCAAUCACCAUCCUCUGAACCACCUUCCUCUGUCUUUCCUCUUCUCAAGAGCCUGAACAGACCGAAACUCCGCGUCACAUCUGAAUUCGACAGCGAGAGUCUCCUCUUCUUCAACAAAGUCUCUUGUAAGAUCUUUGAUAACCUCGCCAAGCUCAAGCUAUCGUUUCAGAACAACACUCAGCGCGAGGUCUCUCAGCCUCAGCUCUCUCUCACUUCCAAGUACGUCUCUGUUCUCUAUGAUGUCGAGGAGAAGAACACUUUUGUUAAGAGUACCGUUGAUGUUUCUCCGCGCCUUCAGCUCAGAGCUCUUCAUAAUGUCAAGGCGCAACAAGGAGAGAUUGCUAUGGAGGCAAAUCUAGCUGAACCUGGCUAUUCCCUCGAGCUUUCAUCACCUGUUCCUAUUGGCUAUCCAAGAGCGACUCUUAAGUUCCCGCUUGGGGAAGUUUCAGUACAAGAGAAAGAAGUGGAGGAGGAGGAGAAGAGCAAGAGAAUAGUAUCUGUCAACGGUAUCCUCAAACGUCAAGCUAUGAAUGGUCUUUGUUCCGCUGUUUACACAGAUGAAGAGUUGAGGCUGAGAUAUGCUUAUAAGGAUGAAGCAUUGUCUUUCAUUCCCACCAUCUCCCUUCCUUCAAAUGCUGUUUCAUUUGCAUUCAAGCGCCGGUUUAGCCCUUCCGAUAAGUUGAGCUACUGGUACAACUUUGAUUCAAACAUGUGGAGUGCAGUGUACAAACGCACAUAUGGUAAAGACUACAAGUUCAAAGCUGGCUAUGACUCUGAUGUACGCCUUGGCUGGGCAUCUCUCUGGGUUGGGGAUGAAGAUGGAAAAGUGAAAGCGACGCCAAUGAAGAUGAAAGUGCAGUUCAUGCUCCAAGUUCCACAAGAUGACAUCAAAACCUCAGUCUUGAUGUUCCGAGUCAAGAAAAGAUGGGACCUUUGAUUGAAAUAAAUAUCUUGAAUCACAUAAAUUUACACUUCCGUUAUCUCUCUGUAAAACACAUUAGUUGACCUUUUACUGCAAAUGUAUUCCAUCUCUCUAAGUUUAUUUCUUCAAAUAGAGACACGUUGACACGUGUAAGGGUAUAAUAAGCGUGAAGAAACUACAUAUAGCAUUGGAUUGGAGUUAACAGCUGCAAUGAGAAUAUUCUCCGGUUAAAAGUUUAUUUCUUUAUGUGUUUUGCACACUUCGUGUCUCAGUUCAAAAAAACCCAAACUUUAGUCGCCGAUCCUCUAGUUCCUGUAGGAGGUGAUUUCAUAACUCAGAUAUAUACUAGUUUUGUUGAUG